UUCCGCGAUUAAAUCACUGUUAUAAAAUAGUGCCAUAUUCAAAUGUGUGUAUACAAGCAUUUAAAUAUGACACUAGUUCAUGCACUGGAUGUUCAGGCUAUCGUUUACUGGUUGACCAAAUGGUCAAUACCAGUUAAAGAUUAAAAUUUUGAUAAGGCGUUUGAAUUACUUUGAAAUCAACGGUAGUACAGAUAAGAAUUUAUGAUAUUAUGGGAACCACGUUUCUAAACUCGUUUUCAAUAUUGAAUCUACUGCUUUUGCUGACUUUUCCUGAUAAAGGAAGCACUGAAUGCCCAAUAGGAUGGCAUCACUUUGGUUCAUCUUGCUAUUUUUUCAGCCAUGAACUUUUUAAUUGGUUGAAUGCUGAGUUCAGUUGUCGUGCCCACAACGCCCGCCUUGCUGAAGUUCAAUCCAAAGAACAGUCGACCUUUUUAGUUAACAUGUGUAGAACUGAAGGACCAGGUCUAAGUUAUUGGUUAGGAGGUAGAGAUGAUGUUGUAGAAGGAAGGUGGAUGUGGGCUCAAACAGACCAGCUGUUCAAUUUCACUGACUGGUAUCCUACUGUACCAGACAACAUCGGAAGAAACGAGAACUGCUUACAUAUGUAUGCUCCAUGGAAAUUGAAAUGGAACGACGUCACAUGUAACGGACUAUACAGAUUCAUUUGUGAAAAAGAGCAUGACAGCGAAACGAGUGCAAUUGUUGGUUAAAGAAUAAUAAAGACUUU